AAAAAUGUUGCAUUUCCAAUAUGCAGUUCUAGGUUUUUUAAUAUUGGUCGUUGAAAGUCAGCUCACGGAGGCAGACGAUGUACCCAAAGCUCUUCCUGAAGAAUUUGUUUUGGAUUUGUAUGAGAAUUAUAAGGAAGCGGUUGGAGAUGCACAUGAAGAGGGGGUGGUAAGUCGCCGACAGUUGCGUCUGCUGAACAGAGAAUUCGAUAUCCACGUCCGGAAGCUUAAACUAGUUAAUGGUUAUAAAGCACACAAUCUUGAGAUAAAAGAGAAAACUGAUACCGGUCCUCUCGUUUACAUUGACAAUCCACUCGAGAGCCGAGUGCCCCACGCCUAUUUAUCCUUGGACGAAUUUAGAAACGAGUUAGAGAAAAGAGCAAAUAUACAAAGGGAAAGAAAGUCUAAGGGAAAACAAACAGAGGUACAUUUCGAAAAUUCUGAUGUCACUUUCGCGUUCAGCACAAAAGAUAAAAAUAUGAGAAGAAAAAAGGUGCUUGGAGGCGAUAAGAUAUUCGGGGCAAAGCAUACUAAAUCUAGGUAUUUUGAACACACUUAUACGCCUAGACUGAAACGAGGAAAAAAAUACCAUAACAUGACUUCAUAUUAUUACGAAAAUCGUAAUUUAAACAUGGAUAUAAACAAAUUAUUGCACUCCAUAAAUCAUUUUAACAAAAAUAUCGAUACGACCCCACAACGAAAAUCUAAGACGCAAGCCACAAGAAAGAAAGGUUUACUGGUUUCGCCAAAAUCUUUAACCAUAAAAGUACCAGGAAAUGUCGCUGUGGUUAAGUUAGCAAUACAAUCAGAAAUUGGAGGAAUUUCCGAAUCUAUAACGACUCCAGAAGUAAAUGGGCAGACAGAAACUAUGAAACUAGAAAAUACUGUGAAUCCAGAAACGAGGGCGGCUACAGAAAGUACAGUGGAUCUAGAGGCUGUUUCGAAAUCAAUAAUAAUGCUUCCAGAAAAGAGUGAUCUUCGAGCAAGUUGGAACCUUAACCGGGUGCGGUUGCAGGGUGUAAGGAGUGGAACCACAACGACCAGAAAAGUGAUUAGUGUUACUAUGAAUAAUGCUCAUACCAUACCGACGAGAACUUUAUUUAAAAAAUCACGUACGUCAACAAUGAUUCGAAAUGUAACUGAACAAAAUUAUGUCAAUAGUACAAUACAGUUAAAAACAAAUAAGGAUAAUGAAACCACGAACACUGAAGGGGAUUUGACCGCUUCAGACAAGGAUAUUACAGAGACAGAGACGGCGAUGGAAGAUAAUGAGAAUAUGACGGAAGUUGAUGAGACAACGACGGACAAGGACGUAACAGAGAUUGUGGUGACAACUGAAGGUAAGGAAACGUCAAAAGAUGAUGACGUAACAGGGGUUGUGACCACGACUAAAGUAAAUGUGGAAGCGAAGGAACAACCAGUGAGACCUAUUUGGAUGAGACCACGAUACAAAAAGGUUACGACCACUAAAACUACAACUACAAGACGGACGUUUGGGAGGCCGUUAGUGUUUAUGGAUGGUUAAAUACGUAUUCUAAAGUUAUUUUAGUUUGUUUUUAAAUAAAUAUAAAAACCAAAUAAACAUAGAAGUUUCGUUAAAUAUUUUCAUUUUUUAAAUCCGAAGGAACAAG